CCCGUUCACCAAAUUUUAUGCUACGAGUGCAACAUAAAAGCAUAGCUGUCAAACGCACCAAAACAACAAAGCAGCACCACCACGAAAACGAAGACAAGAAAAUCAUAAACGUCACAAAAGAAGGCAGCAGAAGGAAAAGUAGGAGCACCAGUCCAAAUCCAAAAAAUCCAUCGCCAAAGUCGGACAUUCAUCGUCUUCGUCGUCGUCGUCGUCGCCGUCGCGGAGAAAAAAAGCAAAAGUGGACAACCGUGAUCUAGAUUGAUUGUAGAAAUAUUGUUCUCGCGUUUGGCCGUGAAUCUGUGACCUCCCCGGGGGUGGUCCCGUUAGGUUGUGAUGAUGGUGAUGUGAACAAGGUGCAGAAAAAAAACUUCGGUUCGGGGGGCGAGCGAAAAUCCGGAAAAACAGAAGAGUGCGUGAAAAUGUUUUGUGGUCGAAGAGCUGCCGAGGCGAAAUUGGUUCGCUGAUCGCCUUUUUUUUCUUUUCCUUUUCGACGUCGUCGUCGUGCAGCUCGCUGCAUACAGAGUGAGAAGUGAAAAGCUGCUGGGUGUCUGGAAGUGGUUUGAUACUGGUUCAGGCCAGCCAGUGUGUUGGUGAGGGAGGGGUGGUGGAGGGGCGUAGUUCGACGGAAGAAGAAAAAUCGUAGUUGGGGCGCUAGGGAGAAGACACGGCGGAACGUUCCGGGGUAAAAUGUCCUACGAUCCGGUACCAACAAUAGCAACAGCAACAACAAAGUCCAGCUGCCGUAGAAAAUGUCCGCUGCUGCUGUGGCCCCUUGGACUGGUUCUGGUGCAGUUUUGUGUGCUGACUCUGGCCGGGGGUAGUAACUCGGGAAUCGCCCUUGGGGGCACGGCCUCCGUCGGGAAGUGUUCCGAUAUCCGGUGCAUGAACGGGGGAACCUGCCGGAAUGGGACCUGCGUUUGUCCCGAUGGGUGGCAGGGUUCCGAGUGCCAGUUUUGCGGAGGAAAAGUUAGAUUGACCGACCCAUCGGGCAGCGUCCACGACGGUCUGGGCAAUUACUCAAUUGGUGUCAAAUGCAGCUGGCUAAUCGACGCCCGUGACCACAACAGCAUAGCAGACAAACUGUCCCCGGCCGGAAGUGGGAAGCCGUCGGUCAUCCGACUGCACCUAGAGGAGUUUGCCACCGAGUGCGGUUGGGACCAUCUGUACGUGUACGAUGGGGACAGUGUGGAGUCGCCGCUGUUGGCCGUUUUUAGUGGACUGAUGUACCGGAAGAACUUUAGCAUCCGGAGGAUCCCGGAAGUGUUCGCGCACAGCGGAUCGGCGCUGUUGCAUUUUUUCAGUGACGAUGCGUACAAUAUGUCCGGGUUCAAUAUUAGCUAUGAGGUGAAUGCGUGUCCCACGGUGGACACGGCGCUCAACUGUUCCGGGCAUGGGUCUUGCGUUUAUGGGGAGUGUAAUUGUGAUAUCGGGUGGAGAGGACCGGCUUGCAAUGUGGCCAUCUGUCCGAACAACUGCUCGGCACACCUGGGAAGGGGGGCAUGCAAUGUGAUCCAGCGGCGGUGCAUUUGUGCCAAAGGAUUCGAUGGGAAUGAUUGCUCACAGGUACGAGCACACGGUGUUUGGACCACGAUCACCUCUGAGGAAACGGCCGGUUUCGCCCCACCAGGAAGUGCUUCCCACGGGGCGGCCGUGUUCCGCGAUACGUUCUACAUCAUUGCCGGCGAGACCUAUGGGAAAGCCAAGUCGCUGAUGUAUAUGUAUGACUUCAACGGAAAGGUCUGGGAAACGGCCCACACGGAUUCGAAGGCCACGCCGGAACUGCGGUAUGGGGCGUCAACGGUAAUGUACGGGGAUAAGAUCUUCAUGUACGGUGGGGUUGUCGAAGGGAAGGGAGUUUGUGGAGAGUUGUGGGCCUUUGAUGUGAGUGCGAAAAACUGGGAGAACAUUACGGUGAAAGCGGAGCAGUGUAAUGAGACGUACGCGAUGUGUGGUCCGUUGAAGUCGGCGGGGCAUACGGCUACGUUGAUUUCGAACUUUGAGGGAGGGAAGAAGGGACAUUCCCAGCGGAUGGUGGUAAUAUUUGGCCACUCGCCGCAGUUUGGGUACUUGAACACGGUGCAGGAGUACAAUUUCGGAACCCGGGAAUGGAAGAUUGUUAGGACCAGGGGUUACCCGGUGAAAGGCGGGUACGGACAUUCCGCGGCCUAUGAUCCGCUGAAAGAGCGAAUCUACGUUUAUGGAGGGAUCAUCUCUGAAAGUGAUAGUACUCAACUGCUGAGCAAUAAGCUUUACAGUUACGAACCUCACAGUCGCGUGUGGACGUUGGAAGCUGCGGCACCUACUGCAAGAUUUCUGCAUACUGCCAAUUUCAUAAGCCCGGGCCUGAUGAUGGUAUUUGGCGGAAACACCCAUAACGACACAUCGCACAGUUUUGGCGCCAAAUGCUACAGCAAGGAUCUCAUGGUGUAUGAUGUUCUGUGCAAUUCGUGGCACGUCCAGCACAUGCCGCAAGAUCUGCGGGCAGAUUUGGCCCGGUUUGGACAUUCCGCCAUCACCUUCGAGGAAUCCCUUUACAUCUAUGGGGGAUUCGACGGGCAAAUGAUCAACGAUAUGCUCAAAUUUACGCCGGGAAAUUGCCGUGCAUUGAACCGAUCGGAUCAGUGCUUGAAUACUCGACCGGGUUACAAGUGUAUCUGGGACAUUCAGAAGAGCAAGUGCGUCCCGAUUCUGGACGUUGAUAAAGGAGUUCUGUUCAGUCGGGAUCAGAUCAACUACGACAUGUGUCCUCAGGAGAGCAGGCUAGUGAUGACCCGUCAAGCUCUUCAAGACUAUGAACACUGCAGCCAGUUGUUUAGCUGUCAGAGUUGCGUCUCCACGGCUUACGGGUGCAUGUUCUGCGGAAUUGGCAAUGAGAAGGGUUACUGUGCCAAGGAGAAAUGUCCGGACGUAUCGUACACUUAUAGGGCAGAUUUUUAUCCAACGCGGAAACUGAAAGACUGUCCAGAGAACGAUGGACAGAUUUGUACGCAACUCCAUGGGUGCCAUGCCUGCUCGGCUUACACAUUCUGCCAUUGGGACUAUGAACGCAGCAAGUGUUUCUACGUUGGAAACAAGACCAGCGACAUCAUGAAUGAAGCCCUGCCAUGUCCUCCGGCGUGUUCCGUUCUGACUACCUGUGGAAACUGUACCCAAGAGGAGUGCAUCUGGUGUCAGAAUGAACAGCGAUGCGUCGAUAAGAAUGCCUACACCGCCAGCUUCCCGUACGGCCAAUGUCGAGAAUGGACCACCGGUUCCAACAAGUGUCGUGCCGCCAGUUCCGGAAAGAGCCAGUGUGGUUUCUACAAAACCUGUGCCCAGUGUCGGGAUGAUCCAGCCUGCGGCUGGUGUGACGAUGGCUCGUUGACCGGUUUGGGAAAAUGUCUUCCUGGUGGCGAUUCCGGUGCCCACGAGGAAAUGGAAUGUCCUGCGGCUCGGUGGCACUUUACUCACUGCCCCAGUUGCCAGUGUAAUGGGCAUAGCACUUGUCCGGAUUCCAAAACUUGCAAACAGCCAUGUAAAGACCCAAUGAUGGGUUCGAACUGCGAAAAGUGCAAACCCGGCUACUGGGGAAAUCCGGUUAACGGUGGAACCUGCCAGAAGUGCGAAUGCAACGGACAAGCCCAGUACUGCCACAGCGAAACGGGCAAGUGUUUCUGCAGCACCAAAGGCCUUGCCGGAGAUCACUGCGAGAAGUGCGACGCCACCAAUCACUACCACGGGGACCCCAGCCGCGGGUCCUGCUACUACGAUCUCACCAUCGAUUACCAAUUCACCUUCAAUCUGUCGAAAAAGGAAGACCGCCAUUUCACCCAGAUCAACUUCCGGAACUCACCCAUCAAGUCGGACAUUGACGCCGAUUUCAGCAUCACCUGUUCGGUAGCCGCCAGAAUGAACAUCACCAUCCGGACGGCCGGCGGACCGGAGAAACCGCUCUUCGCCGCGGUCAACUGCUCAACCUUCCGCUAUCGGUUCUCCAAGGCCGAACAUCACUUCGGAAUCGAGGAGAACGUCACCCUGACGACGUUCUACGUGUACGUCUACGACUUCCAACCGCCGCUUUGGAUACAGAUAGCGUUCUCGCAGUAUCCGAAGCUGAACUUGCAACAGUUCUUCAUCACUUUUUCCACAUGCUUCCUGCUCCUCCUGCUGAUGGCUGCCAUACUGUGGAAGAUUAAGCAACGGUACGAUAUGUUCCGCCGGAGGCAGCGACUCUUUGUCGAGAUGGAACAGAUGGCUUCCAGGCCAUUUUCUCAGGUUCUGGUAGAAAUCGAGAGCAAAGAGUACAAUGAGCUUUCGCCGGCCGUAGAAAAUAUCACCAGUGCGCCGAGGAAGCGAAAAAAGGAUUCGCCAAGCCCCAUCGCACUGGAGCCGUGCGAAGGCAACAGGGCGGCGGUGUUGUCGCUUCUAGUCCGGCUACCGACAGGUGGCCUUCAACACUCUCCUCCUGGUCAAUCGGCAGGUCUUGCCGUAGCAAGUGCAUUAGUAACGUUAGGUAACCCCCGGCGGCCGUCGAUAGAACAUCCGAAGGAACCUAAGACUAAGCGUAAGCAAAGCCAACAUCCCGAUAGUUGUAUAUAAAGUAAGUGAAACCAUUAAGGAGAAAGAAAAAGGAAACCUACAAAAGAGAGUGGUAAGUAAAAUAAACAUGCAGAAGCAACUAACUAUUAACUAAUUAUAAAACAACAAAACAAAACAACCUAAUACCAGCAGAAUAUUGUAAACGAAGAUGAUUAUCAAGCUAUUCAUAGGAAGCUAGAAGGAAGGAUAGUCAAUGAUAAGUAAGGCGAGCAAAAAAAGCAAACGGAAAGUUCGCGAGCUAGAAUUUAUGAAUUUUAGGGUGAUACAAGAUGGAAUCCGAUCGUGUGUGUAAAAUUUUCUCCGUAUUAUUUUUUUUGCAUGAACACCUUAGGACACGAGGACAACAUUUUAUAUAUUUGCAAAUUGUGAAUAGUAGUAAUACGUUAUUGUGAUUGAGUUAAUAUAGAAGCAUUUUUUAAGCUGGUAACUUCCUCGCGCGCGUGUAUCCCGAAAGUUUCUCGGGAGUAUCGUCGACGUUGAAGCUAAUGAAAAAAAGAGAAGUUUUAUGGUGUCUCGUAAUUACUCCUUCUAAGAAUAGUACGUUCAGUUGACUGAUUUUUAGAGACUCCACAUCAAAUGUGAGUGUGUUGGUGUACCGACCUUAUCUACUAAACCCCAAAUCCCCCGUUCGAAAGCCAUUUCUCGUUUAAGAUCGUUAUAAUCUUCUACAGUUAAACAUUGAAAUUGUGAUUGUUCUCCUAAUUUUUUAUGGUACUGGGUGGCAAAAUUGUCUUGUGGGGGCUUCGCAAAAAUAUUCUUGGUUUUAUUUAUUUUCUACUGAUCAUUUUCUACAUUUCUGUAAUAUGAUCUACCGAAGUAACCAUUGGAACUAAAUUUCGCAUUUUUGAGAAUAAAGCGCGUACUUGCCGUAUAUAGUGCAUGGAAGUUCUAAAAUAGCAAUAUAUCAGCAGGCACGAUGAAUGAUGGUUACUUGGGUAAACUCUCUCUGCUUUCUUUUACAUGUCUCAUUUUAAACUCCUGGAAUGAAAUACAUCCCAAUUAACCAACAAGUCAGUUAGAAGCAUUAAUUGAGCUCUUUGUUCUGCUCAGAAGUGAAAAAAGUGCUAUGAAGCCCAGAAUUAGCCCUAAAUUGCACCAAGAUCCCAGAAAAUGUUAAUGUGAGCUUAUGGUGGCUCCUUGGGAGUAAAGUAGUUGUUAUUUUGAUUUUCAAAAAAAAACUAGUUUUAUAUUUUUGAACAACUCCGUCUCGAUGAACCAAAACGACUAUUUUUGGAAACCAUCAAUGCCUACUUUUCGUUUUCAUAUUCUCUGAUGUGAUAAUAUUCAAGCGACUGUUCCAUCUAGGCACUGCGUUUCAACCCAAUAACUAUUGGUGGUCAUCCGUGGAUAGUCCAUACAACAAAUGAUUUUAACGAAGAAUCAAAAUUAGGAAAGUCGAUGCGUGGGAGAACAAUACUACCUACAAGAGAUUAGAAAUAUCCUGACCAUCGGUACGAGCGAUGGUGCAGAACAAAAAUAAGAUCUUAGAAACCUGUACCCCAAACUGGUUCUUAGGUAUUCUGCGAAUAGAACAAAAAAUAACGAACGGAAACGAAUGAAUGCUCCUAUGCCGGAAGCUACUCAAGGGGCUACUACAACUACUAAGUUAGGGUCGUAAAGUAUGUGCGACCAGUACUGGGUUUCGAACUGUGGGUGCGAGAGAGGGGGGUUCACAAGUAGAGUUUGUAAAAUAGAAGAAGAGACGAGAACAAUUUAGGUACUGAUAAGCAAGUUGAAUCGAAGGAAACGAAAACAUACACACGUACAGAAGACAGUGAGGAUAAAGUAUUUUAUGGCAUUUUGUUGCAAGAAUAAAAGAAAACUGAAAAUUAAA